AUGAGUUCCGCCGCCUUAUACUACACGGGAUGUGAAGAUGACCACUACCAACCCCAUUUUCUUGAUUCUUGCUUUCUUUGCCACAGAACACUGGGCCAUAACAGUGACAUUUUCAUGUACAGAGGGAACACACCUUUUUGCAGCCAAGAGUGCAGACAAGAACAAAUUGAGAUAGAUGAGGCCAACGAGAGGAAAUUGAAGCUCUCUUCAUCUAAGAAAUCAACUUCUGUAAGAAAAACUACGGAUUCUGCUAAACAAUCAGACACCAAGAAAGUUGCGAGGACAGGGACAGUUGCUGUUUCUUAA